AAUCAUCUAUUCUAUUCUUUCUGUAAUGGCAAUGAAGCGCAACCGAGUUGACACCACAGAAGAGUUGACAGCAUCGUUUGCAACCAAGCAACAGCAACAGAAACAGCCAACAGAGGAUCAAACUAGGGUGAAAGCCAAGGAGAGUGAUCCACCAAAACUUGGUCAUUUUUUGGACAACUGCCACAAUUGCAAGAAGCAUAUGCCAGUGGGUGUUAAAGUCCACAUGUAUAGAGACUUCUGCGGGUUCUGCUCUGUUGGAUGCCGUGAGAUACAAAUGGCACUUGAUAACCUGGCAGAAAAACAAGCAAAGCUGGCGCAAAAACAAUUACCAAGCUGCAGCGAUUAAGUGGAUCAGUGAAGCUAAAAGUUGAUAUGAAAAGUCAGUACAGAACAAAUGAUGUUGAAUCUACUUUGAGAUCUUAAGGAUAUCAGUUUCCUUGCUGAGUGUAGAAGUGCAAAAUUGUUAAGUUUUUCUAAUGAUCUUGGGCUAAUGUACGAUGUGUAUCAUUUAGUAUAACUUUCUAUGACCAGAUUGAUGUGAAUGUUGGCAGUUUGUAUAUAAUUGCUUUACUUUUGAAUGU